AUGAGAAAAUUUGAGAGGGAAAUUUAUAAGUUAUAUCCCAAAAAAACCACCACUUAUAUCGUUUUGCUCUUAAUAUAAAUUUUAAGAAGACUCUUUGUUUACGAAAUCAGACAUAAAAAAUUAUCUGAAUUAGAAGAUUUAAAAGUAGAAUAUUCAUGGGUUUUAGAAAACAAUAAGUGUUAAUUCUUUACUGGAUGUACUGCAUAUACAAAAUCUUCAUAUGAUGAAUGUUACAAAAUAUCGAAAACAUAUAUAUCAGAUUCAAGUUAAUGCAUAGAUAUAAGAGAAUGUUCAGAGUAUAUUACAGUAAAUAAUUUAAUAUUUAUCGAAAAUCAUGUAAAUGAAAUAAAUAAUAAAAUUCUUGUUAGGAUCUCACCGCCUGUUCUGAUAUUUCAACAGAUAUUUAUAAAUCUCAUGAAUAUUGUAACAAUUAGUUGCCUUAUUGUAAUAAAGAAUUAAUGCAUAAAUGUAUUUUACAAAACAAACAACUUAAAAGAAUUUAGAAUGAGAAUGAUCAAUGAAUUAAAUUAUUAAAAGAUUGUAUAAACUAUACAUUUGAAGAUUAAUGCAAAUUAACAGCAUUUAGAAAAUAUUGUUAAUGUUCAAAUGGAAUUUGUAAAGAAAAAUUAUGUAAAUAAUUAAUGCCUGAUUGUACAAUAAAUAAAGAAGGAGGAUGUUAAAGAUUAUUAGAUGUGAAGUUAUGAAAAGUUAAAGUAAUUGUGAAAAUCAAAUAGUUCAUUAGUAAGAUCAAGAUAGAUUUGGAUGUUAAAAAAAUGAAGGGUGUAAUGCAAUUAAAAAAAAAGAAGUCAAACAAAUAAGAAUAUUGAAAGUAUAUAAUGUAGAUGGAAUAGUGGAUGCAUUGAAAAAAACAUGUGAAAAUGUUUCAAAAUAAAUUACAACUCAUUAAGAAUGUGAAUAUUGCUUAUUUAAUUGUACUACUAAUAAUGGAAUAGAGAAGACAUAUGAGAAUGCUCCUAAUAUUAUUAAAAAGGAUGGAGGUAGUAAUAAAAAUGAUUCAUUUUCAAAAGCAACAAUAGAAAUAGCUUUGUAUCAAAGAUAUUUAUGGAAUUGA